AUGAAGAAGUCUGGGAGACCUUCUCAGCAGGCUACUGUGAGUGUUCCAGAUACGGCUAAAAAGGAAGUUUUCAAGGGUUACUCCUCCAUCAGUGAAGCACCACCAUUAACAGAAGGAUCCAAUACUAUUGUCCAAGACCUUGUCACUGAUACUGAGCCAGCAAUAUCUUCUAGUGGCUGUAAGCCUGCUAAAUGCGGCGGUUUCGGGCCACCAAUUCGGUUUCCGUUCCUACUGAAAGGCCGGCAGCCGGAGCACUGCGGCUAUCCCGCGAAAAAGACAGGCAGAAGGGCUAAUCACCCUAAUGUCGUUCGUAGAUAA